AGGCCAUCAGAUUUUAUACUAUUGCUUUUGUUUUCUCUUUCCCUCACUCUCUCUCAUGUAGAGCCUUUUGUUUUUUUGCUUCGAAAAGCUCCAGUCUUCCUAAAUUCAGGCUCUAAUUCAGAGCCUUUUUCUCAUAAAAGAGAUACUAAUAGAAUACCACCGAGUGAGCGUUUUGAUGUUCUUUCCUUUUUGUGUUUAACACCGGUUAUGCGCAAGAAUCACUAGGGCAUGAAAUUCUCAGAAGGGCUUGACUUUGGGUCCUCCAUGCCAGCUCCCCCAUUGUUUACUGUCAGUGUGGUUUGCCCAUUUAUCUACACCCGUACUUAAUCGGCCUUUAUGGACUUAACAGAGUUAGAGAACUGAAAGAUGGAGAGGACCAGAUUGGAUUUAAGGUUUCAUCACUCUGGAUCAACAGAAUCAGAGGAAUCUGCCUUAGAUUUGGAAAGGAAUUUCUGCAAUCAUCAUAGUCUGCCUUCAUCAAGUCCUUCACCUCUUCAGCCCUUUGCUUCUGGUGCUCAGCAUUCCGAGAGCAAUGCCGCUUACUUCUCAUGGCCUACUUCAAGUCGAUUAAUUGAUGCGGCAGAAGAUAGAGCAAACUACUUCGGAAACCUACAGAAAGGAGUGUUGCCAGAAACUCUUGGACGGUUGCCAUCAGGACAGCAAGCAACCACUUUACUUGAGUUGAUGACCAUUAGAGCAUUUCAUAGUAAAAAACUGCGUAGGUUUAGUCUUGGCACAGCAAUUGGGUUCCGUAUUCGGCGGGGUGUUUUGACGGAUAUACCAGCUAUUCUUGUCUUUGUUGCUCGGAAAGUUCAUAGGCAAUGGCUUAGCCAGUUUCAAUGUUUACCUACUGCUCUUGAGGGGCCUGGAGGCGUGUGGUGUGAUGUGGAUGUUGUGGAAUUCUCGUAUUUUGGUGCACCUGCAGCAACUCCUAAAGAACAAUUAUAUACUGAGCUUGCGGAUGGGAUGAGGGGGAGUGAUCCAAUCAUUGGUUCUGGUUCACAGGUUGCCAGCCAAGAGACAUAUGGAACACUAGGUGCUAUAGUGAAGAGCCGAACUGGAAAUCGGCAGGUAGGUUUCCUCACAAAUCGGCAUGUUGCAGUUGACUUGGACUAUCCAAGUCAGAAGAUGUUUCAUCCUUUACCGCCCAGCCUUGGGCCUGGAGUGUACCUUGGUGCUGUAGAGAGGGCAACCUCAUUUAUCACAGAUGACCUUUGGUAUGGAAUCUUUGCUGGUAUAAAUCCAGAAACGUUUGUUCGAGCCGAUGGGGCUUUUAUUCCUUUUGCUGAUGAUCUCAAUAUGAACAAUGUAACUACAACUGUAAAAGGAAUAGGUCAGAUUGGUAAUGUUCACAUCAUAGACUUGCAGUCUCCAGUUAGCAGUCUCAUUGGAAGGCAAGUUGUCAAAGUGGGAAGAAGCUCUGGCUUGACCAAUGGGACAAUAAUGGCAUAUGCUUUAGAGUACAAUGAUGAGAAAGGGAUCUGUUUCUUUACUGAUUUUCUUGUUGUUGGUGAGAAUGAGCAGACUUUUGACCUUGAAGGUGACAGUGGAAGCCUCAUACUUCUAAUGGGGCAGAAUGAGGAAAAGCCACUGCCUGUUGGGAUUAUUUGGGGUGGGACUGCUAAUAGGGGUCGGUUGAAACUCAAAGUUGGUCGACCCCCUGAAAAUUGGACUAGUGGGGUUGAUCUUGGGCGUCUUCUAGACCUCCUCGAACUUGAUCUCAUCACAAACAAUGAAGGGCUUCAAGCUGCUGUACAAGAUCAAAGAAGUGCUUCUGCAGCAGGGAUUGAUUCUACAGUUGGGGAGUCUUCUCCCCUGGUCCGAGUUCCAUCCAGAGAUAAACUUGAUGAGACCUUUGAGCCGAUUAAUUUAAAUAUCCAGCAAGUUGAAGGUGAGCCUCAGCAAGGUCUCGUACUACCAAUCAUGGGUACCAAGUAUAGGGAUGAAGCAGCAGUUAAUGUGGAACACCAAUUUAUUCCAAGUUUCAAUGGGAAGUCUUCAGUUCAUGAUCAUUACCAAGGGGAGAACCCAGAGUCUAAAAGUCUUUCAGCAUUAAGAAACGGGUCAGAUAAGGAUAUUUAUGUUUCACUUCAGUUAGGUGAGCCCGAACCAAAGAGAAGAAAAUAUUCAGAUUCGUUGUGUAUCGUGAAAGAAUGGAAGUGAGAGAGUUUCGCCAGUCUAGGGAAAUUGGCUGGAGAUAUCAUCUUAUUGAAAACAAUCAGGCCAGACCGCUAACAGGAACAUAACUGUGAAGUGUGGAAGUGCAUAAAGGAGAUUGAGGUUCACCUCUUUUAGCAGGUCCAGGGGAAGUUAUUAUCAUUUCCUCAUCAAAUCUUUUGGUUAAAGUACUCUAGUGGGAAUUAUGGACUGCUACUAAGAAGUAGAAGCAUGGAUAGGGUUGCUAGUAAUUAAAAGAAUAGGAUUCUGUUCGGUUGGGUAUACGUAUUUAUUUGUUUCUUCUCUUGAAAAAUUUUGCUUGUAAUUCAUAAGAUUUGUAGUUUUAACUUAUUGAUUCUGUAUUGCUGCUUAAAUAUGUAUUUCUUUAAACCGGCUGAUUGAGUCCAAAUUCAUAGAUUUGAUGUUAAGUCAGAUUUUCUUUUGGACAAAAGAAUCUGAUACUCAUACAUGAAAAUCUUCAUGUUUUACGGUUUGGAUGUAUCAUUACGUUAUUCCAAUGAACCAAAUUUCAACCUUUUAAGGCA